CUAACUCUCCGACUGCGAUGCUCCCUCCGUGAGGUCGCUUCCCUUCUGAGGGCCGUGACGCUGGCCAGAAGGUGGAGAGGCCACCGCCAUCGACUCACGCGCCGCAUGGGGAUCCUCACCUCCCACACCCAUGCCCAUGCCCUCCCCCUCUCGCUCGGCGCCACCACCCUGACGCUCGCCCCGGCCCAUCUCGUCACCACCUCCACCCAGAGCCUCGCCCGCACCCCCGAGGCCCACAGACGCAACCCCGCCGCUGAUGGUGGGUGCCGGUGCUGACGGCUUUGCUUUGGGUGGGUAUCUGAGGGCCAUCAUGGCGUCGAAGCGCGUCUUGUCGUGGGCUGACGGUAGGGUUGCGGUGGCCGCGGUGGCCAUGGCCUCCAGCUGCUGUGGGGGCACCCGAGCCGUCUGGCUGGCUGCAGGGGGGUUGAUGGUGAUGGGAGGGAAGGCAAGACCCACGCCGCCCAGGGCAGGCGGAGGUAGCUACCCGUGUCCUGAAGAAACACGUACAUGGAAGGAAGAAUGGACACACAAAUGGAUGGAUGGAUGGAUAGUCUCUCUCAUGUGGAUCUUCGUGUGUGUGUAUGUGGGUGGGCAUCUGCGCACCUUCACGCCGGGGAUGCGGCAACGAAUGCCUGGCGGUGCAGACCUCCAAAACAAAUCACCGAAGGAAAUCGGGCCGAACGUGGGAGCAGGGGUACCGUUGCCGAUGUUGCUCGGUGGCUGGAUGGGCAGAGGCGCGGCAGCAGCAGCGGGGGCCGCGCCGGAGGAGGCGUUGGCCACCGCCUCGCACCCCAUGGCCUCUUCUCCCUCUCCCUCUCCCUCCCCCGCACCACCACCCCCACCGAGCUCCUCCCCACCAACAGCGAUGGCAGGCUCGGCCACCUGCAGCAGCACGUCCGCCUGGCCAUCUACCGGGGCGGGUGGGGGUGCGACGGUCGCUAUGGGCACGUCGCGCUGCUCGAAUCCCAGCUGGGAGGAUGCAGAUGGGAGGAGCACCGCAUCGGGCACAUCGGGUGCGACGUCGGCGUCCAUAGGAGAGCGAUGCCCAAGCAGACGGCCGUCGGC